UCUUCCAUCGUUCAGCCCUCGGAGUGCGCAGCAUGCAGAGAGAUUGUUGAUGAGAGAAAGAUAGAGAGAGAGAGUAAGGAGAAACCAUGCAGUAUCUGAGGCAACCCAGUGAGCCCAGUGACCGAGCCUGACAACCUGAUCCCCCCCGGACAACCAGGGAACAGCAGUCUGGUCAACCACAAGACCCGGUGACACACACACAUCUCCAACUGGAGACAGAGAGAGUAGACCACCAGAUGUGUGAGAGAGAGCAGAGAGAAGGAGAUGCUCAGAGGGACCGGACAGUGACCAGGAAGGAGACCAUAGGAAGAGAGAGAAAGGAGUGCGACCACUGACAGAACACCUGGGGUUGUAUUGAGAUCUGGAUUGUUUGUAAAGUGGUGUUUGACUUUUGGUUCUGUGCUUCUGUUAAUCUGAGAGACAACAGGAGUUCUGAGAGAAAGUUCUGUGUUACGUCCUGCCUACAGUACUGCCUCUUUGUGGAAGCACUGCGCUACACGACUGCUACAGGUGUUCUGAAGAGGUCAAAAUAUUCACCAAAGAGAAGGAGCACAGAAAUAGGACAGACACAUAGAAAGGAACAUAGAAAGAACAUACAUUUAGUAAGAAAGAAAAAAUACUUCAGAAAAUUCCAGAAGAACAAAGAGGGUAAGAGAGAGAAUAACAGGUCUAGAGACAGACAGAAACAGAUAGACGAAAAGACAGGAUGGCGAACUCAGGUUUCCAGUUGCUAGGUUACUUCCUGGCAUUGGGUGGUUGGAUAGGCAUCAUCUCCACCACUGUGCUGCCCCAAUGGAAGCAGUCUUCGUACGCGGGUGACGCCAUCAUCACGGCUGUGGGGCUCUACGAAGGCCUGUGGAUGAGCUGUGCCUCACAGAGUACGGGACAGGUGCAGUGCAAGGUGUUUGACUCCAUGCUGUCACUGGACGUGCACAUCCAGACGUGUCGUGCUCUUAUGGUGGUGUCCGUGCUGCUGGGCUUCAUAGGAAUGAUAGUGAGUGUGGUGGGGAUGAAGUGCACUAAAGUGGGCGACAACAACCCCAUCUCCAAAGGACGCAUAGCUGUGUCUGGAGGAGCCCUCUUCCUGCUCGCAGGUCUGUGCACGAUGGUGUCUGUGUCCUGGUACGCCACUCAGGUGUCCUAUCAGUUCUUCAACCCAAACACGCCUAUCAAUGCCAGGUAUGAGUUUGGGUCUGCCCUGUUCGUGGGAUGGGCGGCGUCUAGCUUGACUGUUUUGGGCGGAUCCUUCCUGUGUUGCUCCUGCUCCAAUGAGGAGAGGCGAGGGCAGCAGUACUACCGCCAAUCACAACCAUCCACUGCCAGGGAGGCAGAGUUGUUGAGUGAGACUAGUUUCCCUGACUGACCACCCCCUGCCUUUUUUGAAGACUGUCCGAGUUACGCUCACUGUUUCCCCUUUCCCUGCUCCUUCCUAGAUUCAAAAUGUGGACCCUUGUCUCUCCGCUAUAGCAUAUGUCGCACCCCUCUACCUCCCUCCCACCAGCCCCACACUCCCUUCCUUAAUGUCUGCACCUUAUCUGUCUCUGAUAUUAAGUUAUCGGUCCGCCACACCUUUAAGAGCUUGCCACUCCCCUUUCCCUCACCCCAUUGAGGUUGUUUGUAAAUAGGGACUCUGAAAGGAGAAGUAUGGUUAGAUGGUUAGACCCCACCUUUCAGACUAGAGGGGUGGCAUUACUGUAUUUCAUCCUGUGAACCCUUUACUAGAAACUCAUUUUGUCCUUUUAUCAUUUAUUUACUGAACUUUAAUUGUAUAGGUAAGAUUUGUCAUGUCAUGUUUUGUUGAUUUCUGCUUCACUGAUAUCCUAUGAUUUCUGGGUUUGUAGAUAUGUGCCUUUUGGUUUUGUUCUCUGAGAUACAAGUGUACAUUUACUGAAACAUGUUUUUUUCUUUUAAAUUGCAGACCAAAUGUUAAAAGUUCCCCACCAGAGAAAAAGGAGGAAUACUUAUAGUUUGGGCGACUCCUUUGGCCCCACGAUGUGUUAGAUUGUUGGCAAAAGGCAAGACACUGUCUAAAGAAACAGACAAGACACUCUAUAGGAAACACACUCUCAGAAUGUAACAAAAUAAACUCAGAAUACACUUUUGAAGUAAUACAUCUCCAGACCAACCCAAAUGGGUAACUAGUAUUUUAUCAUUCUUAAUGAUGCCCAUGUGUUAAAUGUUUAAAUGUAUUUUAGAAUCUAUUUUGUACACAAGCAAUAUUGACGUUUUUUUUAUAGUAGAGUGUUGUUACAGCAAUAUGCACAGGUAUUGUCCGUGCUCACCUAUGAGAUAUAACUGUUAUUUGGAAAAUUGAGGGAGAGUGAACCUGAUCCUGUACUUCUACACAGAAGUGCCCAGGUGCAUAUACCACCACCUCCAGCCUUUCUGCUACAUAUAUGCUCUACUGCAGUGCCUUAUAACGUGUGUCUGUGUGUAUGUUUUUGACUGUUAUACACGGAUUCCGCAGUGUCACAUCCUAUAUGGAUGAUGCAUAUCGUACCCGUAUUGUAAAACAUAUCCGUGCUCGUCUUUUUCUCUUGCAUUAAAUGAUCCACUGAGACAAACUGUUGCAUGCAGUUUUAUCUCGGAACAUAGAUGUUAACUGUACUGUAGCUAGUAUACCACUUAAAUAAACAACAGAAAGACAGAUUUGUAAAUGUCCCUAACAGAUGAAAGCGAAGGCACACCUUGUCAAAGCUGUGAGCCUGUUUGGAAGUAGUACAUGUAAUGUAUCCCGGAUUGAGGAUAUUAUACCUGCAUUCUGUUUAGUUAAGUGGCAAUAUGAUUUAGUGUGGAUGGAAGAGAUGUUUUGUUAUUGACUAUGGAGGAUGUUCUGUACUCCAGGUGCUGAAAGCACUGUCUCCUGUACAAGCCCUGUAUUGGCCAGGAAUAUAAUCAGGUCAAACGUGUUUUUUCUGUUGCAUACAUUUAGUUACCAUAUAUUUUCUUGAUCUAAUAUUCUCUAUUAUUAUUUUACUGUAUGUAUCAUCUCAUUUAAUGUAUACUCCUGUCUGUUUAUUUUAGAAUAAAGUAAACGGAUAAAAA